UUCCGCCCAUCUCCUUCACACACACUCAUCCCAAAAUUACAUCUCCUCUGUUUUCAUCUGCUUCAAAAAUGGCCUCCAUUGCUUCCUCUCUCCCCACCAAGCUUCACAGGCCCUCCUUGCUCGACUCCUCCUUCCAUGGCUCCCCUUUGCUCCCUACUCCUUCUUUCCGCCUCAAACCCACCACCGCUGCCGCCUCCCUCUCCAUCUCCGCCUCCGCCGCUCAGCCUCCCUACGAUUUGAACCAAUUCAAAUUCAACCCCAUCAGGGAGUCCAUCGUCUCCCGGGAGAUGACCCGCCGCUACAUGACCGACAUGAUCACUUACGCCGACACUGACGUCAUUGUCGUCGGAGCUGGAUCCGCCGGUCUCUCUUGCGCUUAUGAACUCAGCAAAGACCCCUCUGUUCGAGUCGCCAUCAUCGAACAGUCCGUCAGCCCUGGCGGCGGUGCAUGGCUUGGCGGCCAGCUCUUCUCUGCUAUGGUGGUGCGGAAGCCAGCCCAUUACUUCUUGGACGAGCUGGAAGUGGAGUACGACGAACAAGAGGACUAUGUCGUGAUAAAGCACGCGGCUCUGUUCACAUCAACGAUCAUGAGCAAGCUGUUGGCCCGGCCGAACGUGAAGCUGUUCAACGCCGUGGCGGCAGAGGAUUUGAUCGUUAAGGAAGGCAGAGUCGGCGGCGUGGUCACCAACUGGGCGCUGGUGUCCAUGAACCACGACACACAGUCCUGCAUGGACCCCAAUGUGAUGGAAGCUAAGGUCGUAGUCAGCUCAUGCGGGCACGACGGACCAUUCGGCGCCACGGGAGUGAAGCGGCUGAAGAGCAUCGGGAUGAUUGACAGCGUGCCGGGAAUGAAGGCGCUGGACAUGAACACGGCUGAGGAUGCCAUUGUUAGAUUCACCAGAGAGGUGGUUCCGGGAAUGAUUGUGACAGGGAUGGAGGUUGCGGAGAUCGACGGAGCGCCAAGAAUGGGGCCGACGUUCGGGGCGAUGAUGAUAUCAGGGCAGAAGGCGGCGCACUUGGCGCUGAAGGCGUUGGGGAAGGCGAACAGCAUUGAUGAGAAGGGGGAGAACGGAGGAAGGAAGGUGGAAGCAGCAGAGAUGGUACUGGCGGCGGGAGAGACGCCGGAGGUUGCAGAUGCUUGAAGUUUUUCAUUUAAUUUGGUUUGGGGUUGGUGUGUUUGUUCGUUUGUAGUGAGUUUUGAGUGAAGAAGAAAGGGGUUGGGUUUUUCAUGUGAUAGCUCUGUUGUUUUCGUAGCAUGAUGGGUUGGCGUUGGGGUUUGUGGCUCAGUCAAACACAAUAUCAGUUGCCUUUUUUCUUUUUUUGUCUCUCUUUUUGGUUAAUAAAUAUGGGGUUUCCAAGA